UUUAUAAAUGCAAAACAUAUCAACCAUCUCCAACCGAAGAAAUUAAAACUCAACGCCCUCUUCCUUCUUCUUCUUCUUCAACAUGGCUUUCCCUCUAAUUCCCAUCUCUAUCCUCGCCGUCUUCCUGGGCUACUACCUCUACCAGCGGCUUCGAUACAGGCUGCCGCCGGGGCCCCGCCCGCUGCCGAUUGUCGGCAACCUCUAUGACAUCAAGCCGGUAAGGUUCCGGUGCUUCGCCGAGUGGGCGCAGCGCUAUGGCCCGGUUAUAUCGGUCUGGUUCGGCUCGACUCUGAACGUGAUCGUUUCCAACUCGGAGCUGGCCAAGGAGGUGCUCAAAGAGCACGACCAGCAGUUGGCCGACCGGCACCGGAGCCGGUCGGCGGCAAAGUUCAGCCGAGACGGGAAGGAUCUGAUAUGGGCCGACUAUGGGCCUCAUUACGUCAAGGUUAGGAAGGUUUGUACUCUCGAGCUGUUUACUCCCAAGCGGAUUGAAGCCCUUCGGCCCAUCAGGGAAGAUGAAGUCACCGCCAUGGUUGAGUCCAUCUUCAAUGACUGCUCCAACCCUGAGAAUUAUGGGAAGAGUGUGACAGUGAAGAAAUACUUGGGAGCAGUGGCAUUCAACAACAUAACAAGGCUGGCUUUCGGAAAGCGGUUUGUGAACGCAGUGGGGGUGAUGGACGAGCAGGGCUUGGAGUUCAAGGCCAUUGUGGCCAACGGCCUCAAGCUGGGCGCAUCCCUCGCCAUGGCCGAGCACAUCCCCUGGCUCCGCUGGAUGUUCCCUCUCGAGGAGGACGCCUUCGCCAAGCACGGCGCCCGUCGCGACCGCCUCACCCGAGCCAUCAUGGAAGAGCACACCCUGGCCCGCAAGAGCAGCGGCGACGCCAAGCAGCACUUCGUCGAUGCUUUGCUCACUCUCCAAGACAAGUACGAUCUCAGCGAAGAUACCAUUAUCGGGCUCUUAUGGGACAUGAUUACGGCAGGGAUGGACACGACGGCUAUUACGGCGGAGUGGGGGAUGGCUGAGCUGAUCAAGAACCCGAGGGUGCAACAGAAGGCUCAGGAAGAACUGGACCGAGUCGUCGGAUACGAACGCGUGAUGACGGAAGCUGACUUCUCCAGCCUCCCUUACCUCCAAUGCGUGGCCAAAGAGGCGUUCAGGCUGCACCCCCCGACCCCGCUCAUGCUUCCCCACAAGGCCAACGCCGACGUCAAGAUCGGCGGCUAUGAUAUCCCGAAAGGCACCAACGUUCACGUCAACGUGUGGGCGGUGGCUCGGGACCCGGCGGUUUGGCGAAACCCUCUUGAAUUCAGGCCGGAGAGGUUCCUAGAGGAAGACGUUGACAUGAAGGGUCAUGAUUUCCGAUUACUGCCAUUCGGUGCCGGGAGGCGAGUCUGCCCCGGUGCUCAGCUCGGCAUCAACUUGGUGACGUCGAUGCUUGGCCACCUUCUGCACCACUUCUCAUGGUCGCCGCCGGAGGGGGUGAAGCCGGAAGAGAUCGACAUGUCGGAGAACCCCGGGCUGGUUACUUACAUGAAGACACCAUUGCAGGCAGUUGCUAAACCAAGAUUGCCUGCUCACUUGUACAAACGCGUUGCUGUUGACAUGUGAUUUUGCCAUGCCUGUUGCUCUGAUCAUCCUCUAUAUGUCUUCUUUUUUUUUUUUUUAUCAACUCCUCUUUUCAUAAGAGUCAAAAUGAGUUUCAUUAUGUUUGGAUGCUGGGAAAUAUUGAAAAUGGUAAAUACAAAAGGCAGGGAUUUGGAGAGCAUAAAGAACACCAUAUAUUUGCUUU